CGCGGAUCUCAUUUCCACGACGCCCAAGUCUGCGUCUUCAAACCUGCGCACCAACUCUUUCCUUGGUCAUCUUCUCUUCUCUUGUUUGCGAUUAUUUGUUUGUGUCUCGUCUUGAAUUGCCCGUCAUUGGCAUUCAUCCUCGCCUAGCAGGCCGUAUUCUACAUACCUACCGUUCUGCAUCAUUGGCGACUCCAGACACGCAGCAUAUACGCGAAUCAUUCAUUUACGCCUUCCUUAACAAUUUUCUUCUUUUAAAGAUUUAAUCAGAGCAGCCCUCACAACCGCCAAGAUGGGUUGCGGAAUGUCUACAGAGGACAAGGAGGGCAAGGCCCGGAACGAGGAGAUUGAGAACCAGCUCAAGCGAGACAAGAUGAUGCAGCGCAACGAGAUCAAGAUGCUACUUCUGGGUGCUGGUGAAUCUGGAAAGUCUACUAUUCUCAAGCAGAUGAAGCUGAUCCACGAGGGCGGCUACUCUCGCGACGAGCGCGAGUCGUUCAAGGAAAUCAUCUUCAGCAACACUGUGCAGUCGAUGCGCGUCAUUCUCGAGGCCAUGGAGUCUCUUGAGCUGCCCCUUCAGGACCAGCGCAUGGAGUACCACGUCCAGACCAUUUUCAUCCAACCCGCUCAGAUCGAAGGCGAUGUCCUGCCCCCGGAAGUCGGAGGUGCCAUCGAGGCCCUGUGGAAGGAUCACGGCGUGCAGGAGUGUUUCAAGCGAUCUCGCGAAUAUCAGCUGAACGACUCAGCAAGAUAUUACUUCGAUAAUAUCGUGCGAAUCGCCGCUCCCGACUACAUGCCCAACGAUCAAGAUGUGCUCCGAUCACGUGUCAAGACUACUGGUAUCACCGAGACGACAUUCAUCAUCGGCGAUCUGACCUACCGAAUGUUCGAUGUCGGUGGCCAGCGAUCUGAGCGAAAGAAGUGGAUUCACUGCUUCGAGAACGUCACAACCAUUCUGUUCCUGGUCGCCAUUUCCGAGUACGAUCAGCUGCUGUUUGAGGAUGAGACUGUCAACCGAAUGCAAGAGGCCCUGACGCUCUUUGACUCAAUUUGUAACUCAAGAUGGUUCAUCAAGACGUCCAUCAUUCUCUUCCUCAACAAGAUCGACAGAUUCAAGGAGAAGCUACCAGUCAGCCCCAUGAAGAACUACUUCCCCGACUACGAGGGCGGUGAUGACUAUGCGGCCGCGUGCGACUACAUCCUGAACCGAUUCGUCAGCCUGAACCAGCACGAGACCAAGCAAAUCUACACGCACUUUACUUGCGCCACAGAUACUACCCAGAUCCGCUUUGUCAUGGCGGCAGUCAAUGAUAUCAUUAUUCAGGAGAACCUUCGUUUAUGCGGUCUCAUUUAGACGACUUGUCUUUUCUCUAUUCUCAUUUUUUUCUUAUUUUUGUUUUAAAGACGCACGAAUACCCUCAAACUCGAUUACGACCGCCACCAGAUGGGCCACGGAGAUACGGCUCAUGAUCUUUGAUUGUACUCCUUGCGAGAUGAAAGCCGGCUCAAGGAAUUUCUCUUUUCUUUUCUUGCGGGCUUCUCCUUGGCAAUCUUUCCACCGUCCUAGAUAAUGGUACUUUUCUUUUUUCUAAAGUUGAGACUCUUAUGGCGAAACCAUAUCGGCAUUUUACAACACUCUUGUGAGAGCCACCCCACCAUCGCAAGGAUUGUCGAGAGAUGCUUGUGUAUUACCAAAAAUAAAACUUGAUUCCUCUAUUGUUUCUUUUUCAACUCAUAAAAAAGAAAAGAGGAUCGCGGGCAGGGGAAGGGAGGCUAAACGGAGCGUGAAAGACUUGGGCGUGGAGGAGUUGUGUGAGCCGUCUUAAGGAAGAUGAAAAAGCAGGCGCGGCAGCUCUUUGGGAAGAAAGGGGAUGGGAUACAUACUACUUAUUAUCUUGUUGUUUUUUCAAAAUUUUCUCUUUUUUUUACUUUACAUCUGACCACGAUGGUGCGAAUGGGCGGCGGCCAUUUACUUUGUUUAAUUAUGAAACCACAAUUUUUUUUCUGCCUUUUCUCUACCUGUCUGCGACUCUGUAUCUUGUUGUAAACAAAACCUCAAUGUGUACUGUCAUCCAUUAUAUUCCAAUACGUGUUUAUUUACUUGCAUAUAUUCAUGUUCCACCGGCUCUUAAUUUUCUGUUAAAAUCUGGCUCCCAUCAUUAAUGUUGGGCUUGCUUGUGAACAUUUCUGUUUCCGCUCUCUAUCUUGUAUUGUUUUUAUUCUUUAACGUCCAUCUUUUGCUUGUUUGGAGCUGGGCCUAUGUGUAAGGGGAAUACAGUUUUAUUCUGUGUCUUGAGUUGUUAGAGAGGAGAGUGUAGUAUGAGUUUCUCCGUCUUGUCUUCGAGAUGGUGAGGAGAAACAUUCUUUUGCAUGAGAGGUAGUUUUGCAAUUGUUUUAGUUUUUUGUAAUAAAGUCAUGAAUACUUUUUUUUUCUAGUUUUUUCUGCAUGCUGUCUUUUUUUCCUUCUGUUUCGUAAAGCAUAUUUUGUUUUGUCAUGUUUGAAGUAUGCAUCCAUGGCGGCGAACAGUGAAUAAUGUCAGAUGAUUUAUACACACGAUAGUAUAUCAACCUCUAGAUAACUUUAUAACAAUGUACAGGUAUAUGGUCGACGUAAGAACCAAAUGGGUAUUAUAUGUGCUAAAAGGCUUCUUCCUAAGCUCGCAAACUAUAAAACCUGAAAAAUAUAUCCUUUCAAAGGUUCACGUCAAAUCCUCAAAUAUCAAAUUUCCAUAUGCGCGUAAAAUCGUGACCAAUUCGUCGUGGUCAAUCGCCAGCCAGGGCAGAGAGACGUGCCCAAAUGUCGAGAGUAUAUAGUUAAUAUGAAAAAAAAAGAAGAAAACGGAAGAAAACGGAACAACACUACUGUGUCGGCUGGCCAAAACGAAAUAUAUAAAACAAGAAGUGAAAGUAGAGAAGCAUCUGCAAGAUCUUGGGCCUUUUUUCUUCUCCAAAUGCCCCCUUGUUAUAUGCGUGUCAAAAUGUCGCAAUGUCGUCGUCCAGAAUGCGUCUUAUGCUGAUCAAAUGAGAUGGAAUCUUCAAGAUGUACACAGGCUUCUCUUUAUAUCUGCAGUCCCUCUUCGGGUAGAUGGCAGCGGCUCAAAGUUAAGCGAGAAGCUGUAAGAAAAUAGCCUCUGGAA